UCACAAAAUGGUUUUCGAACAAGACAAUAGCAACUACGCAAUUCUUGGUGCUACUCACAUUAGACCAAAAAAUUACCAAGAAGUUUACCAUCCUGUGCAACAAAAUUUAAAAAAUUAUAAAGAAAAAGAAAAUAGGACAUUAUUGAUGGGUCUCAUGCGUACCCAAGGAAUGCAUAUGCCUUUACGUUUAGCAAUGGAAAAAAAAGUUUUUGAAAGCGUUGGUCGUCUUCCAAUUUUAAAGUCAUCACAUUUGCAUAAAGAAGUAUUGAAUGAUACAUUAGAUACAAUUACUGAACUUGAUUAUCUUAACCCAUCAGAAUUUAAUGAAACCUUAGUUCCAUCAUUUGUAGUUAUGGAUAAAGAUUUAAAGUUUUAAUUGUAUAAUUUUUUUAAAUUAAUUAAAUAUAAUGUAUUGUCAUUUAAA